UUUCGAAAGGCGUCACGCACACCGACACAAGGUUUCGCUCUACGAGCUCGACGCAUGAGCCGAUGCAUCUGUGUUGCCGGACCCAUCACUAUUGUUUAGUCGAGGAUAAAGUGGUCUCCAUGCCGCUUCUCCUGCUAUCUUUGCUUGGUAGUUAGCUUAGCUCGCUAGUUAGCUUAGCUUGUUAGCUGCUAACAGCAGACACAGAAGUUAUCAACACAUCGCUAAGUAGAGAUCAAGUGUGAGAGUAAAGUGUUGUGAUUGUGUGAAAAUGUCUACAUUACAAAUGUUGAGAGCGUUGGUGGAUCAGCGACUAACUGCUGCCGUUGAAGAAAUAUUUGUAGUGUUGGAAAUAAAUAUUACGUAAAAGAAAAGCAUGCUAACAGUGACAGCAGGCAAUAUCUUAUAUAGAGCUACCUCUUCGUCCGCUCGGCUGUGACGUCAUUCCCAGCUUCCGGUGUAGACGGAAGCCAGCAGAACAGAGCAGUACUGCCUUGUAACGUCAAGUGUGCAGGACGCUAAUAAGUCAGUCUAUUUAAGUCUAUUUACGGCGCAUAAAACACAUCUGUGAUUCUUUCUUUAAGGAUAAAGUGGUCUCGAUGCGCUAGAAGCUCUGUGCCGCUUCUCGUGCUGUCUUUGCUUGUUAGUUAGCUUAGCUCGCUAGUUAGCUUAGCUUGUUAGCUGCUAACAAAGAGACGCACAUUUGAUCAACACGUCGCUAAGUAGAGAUCAAGUGUGAGAGUAAAGUGUUGUGAUUGUGUGAAAAUGUGUGAAAGAAUGAUAGCAAAGUAUGAGGAGGAACUUUGUCCAACAAAAGAGGAGAAGGAGCGACAACAUCAACUACUGGACGCUGUUUUCAAGGAGCCUCAAGUUGUGUUACACAGAACAGACCUCGAUGAGGAACAUCUACCCCAUGACCAGCAGGAGGAACCACAGUCCCCCCACAUACACGAGGAAGAAGAGGUACCACAUUCCCAACACAUCAAAGAGGGAGGACAGGAGCCACAGCCGCCCCACAUUAAAGAAGAAGACGAGAAGCCACAGACCCAUCGUUUUAAACUGACCUUUCACAUUAAAGGUCAAGCGGAGGACCCACUGAUCUUACACAUCAAAAAGGAAGAGGAGGACCCACUGACCCCUAACUUUAAGGCGCAAGAGAACCUGCUGACCCCUCACAUUAAAAAUGAAGAGGAGGACCCACUGACCCUCUACUUAAAAGAGGAAAAGGAGGACCGAGAGCCGCCACACAUUAAAGAGGAAGAGGAGGAAGAGGGCAUCAGUCAGCCUAAAUGGUUGGAGGAGUUCCCAGUGACUGGUGUCCCUGUGAAGAGUGAAGAUGAUGAGGUGAAAGGUGAAAGUGAGGAGAGGGGAGGGGGGGAGCCUCCAAGCAGCAGCUCAACACAACACAUGACAACAGAAGCUGAUGGAGACCACUGUGGAGGAUCACAAGCAGACAAGCUCUUAGCUCCACUAUCAGAUAGUGAGGACACAACGUCACACUCUCCUGACACUGAUGAUGAAGACUCUAAAGAUGAUGCAACAUGUCACACUGACAACACUCACUUCACAUGUUCUCACUGUCACAAAACUUUUAAAUACCAAAGUCGUCUGAAAAGACACAUGAGAAAACACACUGGAGAAAAACCCUUUAUCUGUUCAAUAUGUGGUGAAGGUUUUACACAAAGUUGGAGUUUAAAAAGACACAUGAGAUUGCACCGUGGUGAAAAACCUUAUAUCUGUUCAAUCUGUGGUAAAGGUUUUACACAAAGUCAACAUUUGAAAAGACACAUGAGAACACACACUGGUGAAAAAUCACAUUCCUGUUCAAUCUGUAGCCAAUAUUUUGUACAAAGUCGAGAUUUGAAAGUACACAUGAGAAAACACACUGGUGAAAAACCUUUUUCCUGUGUAGUCUGUGGUAAAGGUUUUACACAAAGUCAUAAUUUGAAUGUACACAAGAGAACACACACCGGUGAAAAACCUUUUUCUUGUUCAAGCUGUGGUAAAGGUUUUACAGACAGUCCAACUUUGAAAAGACACAAGAGAAUACACACUGGUGAAAAACCUUUUUCUUGUUCAAUCUGCAACAGAAGCUUUGGGGAACGAUCAAAGCUUGAAAGACACAUGAGAACACACACAUGAGAGAAAGUGUUGAGUUGCAGUGUGUGUGGUGAAAGAUUGUCUUCUAAGUAGCAGUGUAAGAAACACAAGUGUGCUGGUGAGAACAGCAGCAGCAAAUGAAACUGCAGGAUUUGAAAUAAACGGUCAAGACUGUCAUUUUGACUUUCUAACAACAUCAGCACAUAUAACAUGUGUGACAUUGUUGUUUGUGUAACAACCUUUUUAAAGGCCUACUGAGACCCACUACUAGCCACCACACAGUCUGAUAGUUUAUAUAUCAAUGAUGAAAUAUUAACAUUGCAACACAUGCCAAUACGGCUUUUUAAGUUUACUAAAUUACAAAUUUAAAUUUCCCGGGAGUUUCGUCUUAGAAACGUCAUGUAAUGAUGACGUGUACGCAUGACGUCACAGGGUUUUAGGAAGUGUGAGCACUACACACACACACACAGCUAAAAGUCGUCUGCUUUAACGGCAUAAUUACACAGUAUUUUGGAGAUCUGUGUUGCUGAAUCUUUUGCAAUUUGUUCAAUUAAUAUUGCAUAAGUCAAAGUAGAAAGAUGGAGUUGGGAAGUUUUAGCCUUUAGCCACACUAACACACGGUGUUUCCUUGUUUAAAAUUCCCGGAGGUGAAAAUUUACUCUAGAUCAGAGCGCGGUCAAGCAGACAUGGAUCCUACCGAAUGUUAACCAGCAGGUUUCGGUGAGAAAAUUGUGGUUAAAAAGACAGUUCUUACCGGAGAAAAGCUGAGCUUGUGCUGUCCAUAGCUGCCGUUGACUCCCCUGAGACAUUGGUGUCAACACCCGGCCGUGGACACACACCUCCGACUAUAUAUCAAACUCACUAAAACACUAGCAACACAAUAGAAAGAUGAGGGAUUUCCCAGAAUUAUCCUAGUGAAUGUCUUUAACUUAACUUCUGGGCGGUCUUUAUGACCGCCCAGAACAGCUUUUACCCAAGAGCCAUAGUAGCAUUAAACAGGCACUGAGUGAGCACAAUAUGUCCAUCAUGUCCUCAUGUGUCAUGUUUAAAUGUUUUUCUAUUUUUUCGGACUACAAUGUGCAAUAAUGUUUUAUGUAUGUGUGUACAUGUAUUCAUAUGCAUGCAGAUAUGCAUCUGUGUGGAUACAUAUACAUAUACAUAUACAUCUGUCAUCUCUAUCUUUUUUUUUUUUACUAUUUAUAUUACCAUAUUGUAUAUGCACCUUAGGAGGAGCUGCUCCAUUUUCGUUGUUCUUUGAACCUGUUCAUUGCAAUAAUGACAAUAAAACUCUAUUCUAUUCUAUUCUAUUCUAUUCUAUUUAAAAACAUCGGAAUAUGUCCCAAUGCUAUCGCGUUUUUUAAAUUUGUUAUUCUUUAUUUUAUUUUUUUUCUAGUCCGUCGCUAUCAAUAUCCUCAAACACGAAUCUUUCAUCCUUGCUCAAAUUAAUGGGGAAAUUGUCGUUUUCUCGGUCCGAAUAGCACUUUUUGUUGAAGGCUCCCAUUAGAAUCAAUGUGAAUAUGUGAGUAGCCAUCAACAUGUGACGUCAUCGUCUGCAACUUCCGGCAAAGGCGAGGCUUUUUCAGGAAGUACCAAAAGUGGCGAACUUUAUCAUCGAUGUUCUCUACUAAAUCCUUUCAGCCAAAAUAUGGCAAUAACGCGAAAUGAUCAAGUAUGACACAUAGAAAAUGGCAUGCUAUCCCCGUUUAAAUAAAAAAAUCUCAUUUCGGUAGGCCUUUAAAUUGUUUCUAUAUUUAUUGCUGAGAUAUUUUAUAUUAAUGCUUUUUUCAGUCAAAUACAUGCAUUAAUAUGCAACAUUGUGUACUUUUAUUAAAAAAAUUAACGGAACAGUUUGACUGAAAAGGUGAGAGUAAACACUACAAUACAUUUUUUUACACACAAUAAACAUUGUAUGUGUGUAUAUAUUCAUAAUACAAUUUUAGACUUAUUCAUAAUAUUGUUUUUAUACGUGUUUGAAAUAUUGAAGUGUUACAUAAUGUUAUUUCCAAUUGUUAAUAAUCCCAUAGAUUAUCACCUUUAUAUGAUAUACAUAUGUACUGGUUCACAUCUGAAACAUCUUCUGGACCACUUCAGGAAGCAUAUUAUUAUUUACUUUAUACAUCAUUUGAACAGUUGUCUUUUAUACAGUUUUGAAAUGUGACUUUAUGAAUCAUUUGUUGGGUCUCUAUUCAUCCAUUUUAUUAAUUAUAUUACUUUUUUGUAAUAUGAUGAUUGUGUUGUGAUUGUUUUAUAUGUAUGUCCCCAGACCUUUAUGCAAUAUAAAAGUGACAGAGAAUGACUGAAUUGUUUGUGUGAAGGAAAUAUGGUUUUGUUUUUACAAACUUACAUUUGUGGAUUAAAAAAAAAACUCCCUUUAUUGUGUUUUCAACAUUUUUUAUGGUUGUUUUUCUUUUUAACAUCCCCAAAACAAUAUCAAUAUCAAUCAAAGUUCGGAGUGUCCAGGAAGUCCUCCCAGGAAAAAGUCAUGUUUUAUGCUUUUUAAGUUUUUAAGUCAGACCUUACCUUGUUUCAAGUGCCAACACUCUGGGCACAUUGCUAGUGUGUGUCAUGCCAAGGUGACAUGUGGACGGUGUGGAGGGGAGCAGGAAUAUGGACAAUGUGGAAAAUAAUGGUGACUGGGAACAAUU